AUGAACCACUACCCUCCCCGGGCGGUCAUGCCUCCCCAGACGGGCCCAGCCCAGCGCCUCAACGAGCUGCUCGACAACAUCAAGACCGAGUUCGAAGCCGAAUCCCAGCGCAGUGUCGAUGCCGAAGGCCAAAUCACGCGUCACAUCCAAGAGAUUGAGUUGAUUCGCGGCAAGGUCUACUCGCUCGAGCAGUCACACAACCAGAUGAAAGCAAAAUACGAGGAGCGUAUCGCCCAGCUGGAGCGCGAACUCGAGGCUCGCGGCGGCCCCAGCCAGAACUCGCAGCACCACGGCCCCUCGCAGCCUCAGCCGCCUCAGAUCGGCCACGGGCCUAGUAACCUGUUCGGCGGCAUAAUGGCAGGCAGUGCUGCCCAAGGUGGUCCGGGACUGGCGCCUCCUCCACAGGAGCCGCCCCAGGGCCAUGGCAUGCCGCCACAACUGGGAGGACCCCAAGGCCCCCCAGGACUGAACCCUGCUCCUGGUCCGCCACAGCACUUUGGUGGCUACCAGCAGGGUCCAUCUGUCAAUGGUUAUGGUCAGCCUCCACAGCCCACUGCCUCACCUGGUGCUAAGCGUCCAGGUCCUGCCCGCGGUCCCCCCAACGGCCCACCCAAUCCCGCCACUCCUCAGCAGAACAACCCGGCACCCUACCCCGGAUCGCCUCAAGUCCCGCGACCGACUCCUCCUCCCCACCAUCAGCAGCCGAGUGCGUUGAUGGCGCCCAACCACAUUCCUCUCAGCCAGAGCAACGUCUUGGCUGAUCUAGACAUUGAGCAGUUGCCAGAGAACCUGAAGAAGGAGGGCAGCGAUUGGUUCGCGGUCUUCAACCCUCGUUCAAGACGUGUGCUUGAUGUUGACUUGAUCCACAACCUACCCCAUCAAAGUGUCGUCUGCUGCGUACGCUUCAGCUUGGACGGAAGGUGGGUUGCGACAGGUUGCAACCGUUCAGCCCAGAUUUUCGAUGUCGAGACUGGAAACCCUGUCGCGCAUCUUCAGGAUGGAAGCCUGCCCGAGGACGGCGAUUUGUACAUCCGAAGCGUCUGCUUCAGUCCCAGCGGCCAGUACCUUGCAACCGGUGCUGAGGACAAGGUCAUUAGGGUCUGGGACAUUGCUACCCGCACCAUCAAGCACCAGUUCACUGGACACGAGCAGGACAUUUACUCCUUGGACUUUGCCAGGAACGGCAAGAUCAUUGCAUCCGGUAGUGGCGAUCGCAGUGUCCGUCUCUGGGACCUCGAGUCCAACAUGCAAGUCUCCAACUUCUCCAUUGAGGACGGUGUCACCACCGUGGCCAUCUCCCCCGACAACCUCUACGUCGCCGCUGGAUCUCUCGACAAGAGCGUCCGCGUGUGGGAUAUUCAGACCGGCCAGCUUGUCGUCCGUCUCGAAGGCGAGCACGGUCACAAGGAUAGUGUCUACAGUGUGGCUUUUGCUCCUUCGGGCAACAGGCUCGUCAGUGGCAGUCUCGACAAGACGAUCAAAAUGUGGGAGCUAUCCACCAACAACCGCUUCGUCCCAGGCGGCCACCAACCAACCGGCAAGUGCAUCCGCACUUUCGAAGGCCACAAGGACUUUGUGCUCAGCGUUGCCCUUACCCCCCACGGUGACUGGGUACUGAGUGGUUCCAAGGACCGCGGUGUCCAGUUCUGGGACCCUCACACUGGUGUCGCGCAGCUCAUGUUGCAGGGACACAAGAACUCCGUUAUUUCCGUAGCUCCCAGCCCCACAGGAGGCGUCUUCGCUACCGGUAGUGGCGAUAUGCGUGCGCGUAUCUGGAGGUUUGACAGGUAUCCUGGACCUUAG